AUGGAAUAAUAGCACAAAGGGAAUACUGAACCUGGAGAAAUGAAUUCUAGUUCAUAGUAAUUUUAUAGCACCAACACCCUUUUUUUAAAUAACAUAGGAUUGAGUACAAACAUUUCAUCAAGCACUUUGAGACACACAUCGCCUUAAAUAUCAUUUCCUAAGGCAAAUCGCUUCCAUACUCAAUCUUAAUUGUAAUUGCCCACCAAAUUGGAAUUGCCUUCACAAUUAGGAAAAAGAUUCACCUAAUAAGGGUUUGGUAAUAAAAUAGUAUUUUAAUAUGAAUGGUAGAAGGUCAAUGCUAAAGAACUACCGAGUCCAGAUAGAUAUUAAGUGCGUUAGGAACCAGGAAAUGAUAAAUUAAAAAAGUCCUUUGGUUUGGCAUGGGAUGCUUACUCUAAAACAUACUUGCCUUACAAUAAGCAUUUAUCACCUGAAGUAGCACGUUAUCUGCCAGGACCUGGAGAAUACACUGUACGUUAGGAUUUAGGUUAGCACAGAUAUCAAUUUCAAUUAAAAGGAAAGGGGAAAAUGUUCAACGAUCAAAGAGAAAACGGAGUACCUGGACCGGAGGCAUACCAACCUUAAAUCUGUUUGACUGUUCCCAAUAGAUUCUCUAAAAUAUCCCUUGGAAUUGGGGAGAAGAAGAAUCCCUUCUAAUCUUUUAGUUUUGCGCCAGGACCUGGAAGGUAUGAGACCAACUCUGCUUUUGACAAGGCAAGUAAAAAGAGGGAAUUUAUUACCAAGCCUGGGGAGAGAAGACCUUUUAUUUGA